GAACGCCAAUCAGCGAAAAGAACACAAGAGGCUGACCCGAGUUUUCCCUAUUUUGUGUGUUUAUGCGGCAAAUAGUGCAGGAGACGGUGAAAUAGUUGUGUAAAAGGCUGAGCCAUGGAUAUUUCUCUCGAUAUGUGGUAAUAGGAAGACCAGCGAAUCCAUGUAAAUGUGCAGCAAAAUGGUCAAAUCCCUCGGAUGUGAACUAAGUGGUGGACGAAAUUCCCUUGGAGCAGCUCACAAUCCGGCACAUCUCACUCAGGAGCAGGCAAAAUUACCUCGAGUGAGUGCAUUUGGACGGUUUCCGACACUCGAUCGAGCUGAUCUUUCUGUAUGGAGUCAAUAAAUCGUGAGGAGAACAAUGCUUGCCGCCAUCAAUCAAAGAAAUCAUUGCAGGUGGCUUCCAACAAUGUUGUAAGCUGGGAUGCGAAGAAACGUUUCAGCAGCAGUAGCAGUAGCAGCAAAUCAUUGAGCAAUAAGGUGGAUAAGGAGAAGAGUGUGGUGUUUGGUAAAUCGCACAAGGAGACGUCAAAAUCAAAUUUAAUUACCACAGAAUCAAAAGAGCCCAACUUUGAGUACGACGACCACGAAUGGGAUAUUAGAGGAAUUGGUGAUCUUAUCACCGAUCUCGAUGCAGACAUUGAGAAAUCCUCAUUUGUGAACAUUCAUCACGCGUCCCAUGAGAAUAAAGACACAUCAUCAACGGAGAAGACUGAGAAAGUAGUCGUGGAUAAAGCGCAAACUUUGCAAUCACCACAAAUUGUCACAAUGUCAUCAUCGUCCAGUGGAUCUGGCAAUAGUAAGGCUAUGAAAUUGGCUAUUGACCAUCAGGCGACACUCGAGAAGGGCCUCAAGAUGAAGAUUAAGCGGACAAAGCCGGGCACAAAAACGUCCGAAGCCAAGCACGUGAUUGUUAAGUCGGAGCAGAAUGGUUUUCCAACCGAGAGGGAUGACACGAAUAUAGGUGACAAAAAAGGGGGAUCCGGUCACAUGUCGCAAAUCCCGUCAGCGGCCGCGCCGGUGAUCUCGAAGCGCAACAGUUCGCACAGGCGUGACAAGGUGAAGGACAAGGCGGCCCAGCGGGAGUUGCUGGAGCAGCAGAGUGCGGAGGUGGACGAUGGUGAGGACUAUGCGUGUUCGCACGGCAAGAGUGCCAGUGACACGGCUAAGAUGCUCAGCGUGCAAGCGGACGUGACUAUGGCGUCUGCCGAAGUGGGCAACAAUCAUGCAACAAAGAAGGAGCAACAAUCAUCAAUCAUUCCGAUGAAAACGGACGCGGGCGAUGGCGAGAAGAUGAUGCCGUCGGGUGGCGGUGGCGGUGUUCUGUCGCUCCUCACGACGCCCGGGCAGCAGGAGAUGCGCGAGGAUGGCCUGAAGUCGCCGCCGCUGAAGAAGCUGAAAUGUGAUCAAAAGACAGUGCAUGACAUGUCGGUGGGUACUUCCGUGGGCACCAUCACGGAGCCCGACUGCCUGGGCCCGUGCGAGCCUGGGACUUCCGUCACGCUCGAGGGCAUCGUGUGGCACGAGACCGAGGGCGGCGUGCUGGUGGUGAAUGUCACCUGGCGCGGCAAGACGUACGUGGGGACGCUCUUGGACUGCACACAGCACGAUUGGGCGCCGCCGAGAUUCUGUGACUCUCCUAUUGAGGAUCUGGAUUUGAGGACGCCAAAGGCCAGGGCAAAGCGUGGCCGAAGUGCAGCCAACACGUCACACAAUGAUCUGAGCAACUUCACAGAGACUCGCAGCUCCGUGCACAGCAAAUUGCGCAAUUGUGGAGCGAAAGGACGCGGUGGUCAGCGUCUCUCCACCACAACGGCUACAAAUUCAUCUCCCGUGUCCACAGUCUCAACCACAGCGGCGUCCAUCGCCACAACGACCACGUCCACAUCAUGCGGCUCCGCUGGCAGUUCCGUAAGUCAGCCAAUGUCGCCGGUGUCGCGUCAUGACAAGCGCAAAUCGCGCGACGAGGCCGAACCGGCGGCGACGACGGCGACAAAUCCAGAAACAACGCAGAACAUCAUAAAUCCCAUCACGGGCCUCAAUGUGCAGAUUCCCGCGAAGAAGUGCACCAUCACGCGGUGCCCCGUGUCGCCGGUGCUGCUGGAGUGUCCGGAGCAGGAGUGCAGCAAGAAGUAUAAGAAUCCGAUUGGGCUGAAGUACCAUCAGAGUCACGCUCACGGCGGCUUCGUCUCCCUGGACGAGGAUUCGCCGCCGACGCCGGAAUCGCCACAAGCGACGACCGACGGCGCGGUGGAUAUGAAGAAGGCGGCUCUCAAUGGUUCCACAGAGCCGAUGACGUUUGCGGUGGAGGACGAUGAGGCGGCGGACAAGACAGCCACGACUGUCAAGCCUGACAUGAUCAAUCCGCUGAUGCUGCAGCCACAGUCGAGCUUUCCACUCAAGGCUGGCGUCGCUGGGGGGCCACUGGCGGAAGCGCCAAAGGCGGAGACUGAUAUGCCGCUUCACUUUCCCACCGGGAAGUUGUAUGAAGAGGAUAAGGAGGGCGGCCAGCUGACUGAGAAGUCGCGCGUGCUGAUCUGUCCACCAAAGGGUGAGACCACGGCGCAGACUUCGCAGUCGAGCGCCUCCGAUGACACAGAGUCCGGCUAUUUGGGCAAGCAGAAGAAGAACCGCAAGUCGCCGUCAAUUGUUGACAAUGCCAAUGAGAAUGCCUCGUCCGUCAGUCGGCCAGAUGAUGUCAAGAGUCCCGCCUACAGUGAUAUCUCCGAUGACUCCACGCCAGUCAUUGAGUCUGAGAGCACCGAGAAACUGCGCCUGGUGAAGGGCUUGGACGAGCGUCAACCCAUCGCUGAGGUUUCCUCUAAUUCCAUUAACAUUGGCAACUUCGGCAUGUAUCCGUUCUACAGCCAGUCGUCUUUCAUGAUGUCACCGGAGCACUUGAGGGCGCAGGCGGCCAAAGGGUCGGCCGCGGGGGCUCCGCGUGUUGCUGGCGGCGCGGACUACGGCGGUAAGGUGGCCAAAGAGUCUCAGCCACCGCCAGUGGAUCUCAUGAACAAAUCUCAGGCCGUGGAUCCGGCGAGUGGCGGCGGAAGCGCGGGUCCGGUACCGCCUCAAAUGUCCCUGAAGGACUUCUCAAGCAAUGCACAACAAGCAAAAGUUCUCUCUCACUUCUAUCCAUACAACUUCAUGUCGUCCGGAUAUUCGUAUGAUAUUGACUCCAACUAUGGAGCUGUUGGCUUGAUAUCGUCGUCAGAUGAGAACAAGGACAACAGCAACAGAUCGUCAACGCCGCCGGCUAAGGAUGAGAGUCACUACAAGCAGGCGUCGAGUCCGAAUGAUGCAAUCAAGACGACUCCGUCGAAGGGAUCCAUCAAGGCGGAGCCUCACACCGGGGCGAAGGAGCUGACUGACCCGCACCUUUCUUGCUACUCCAAGGAGUCUUCCCCGCACAUACCCAACCACUUCCCCUCCGCGGCCGCCGUGGCAGCCGCCGCCGCCUACCAAAGUCAACGGCCGCACGCUGUCCCGCCGUCUGUCCAUCAGCUGUCAGCCAGAGACGAGGAGCUCAAGCGGUUCUACGUGUAUCCGGACAGCCGACGGAUGAAUCCUUCCGGCGGUGGCAUCAAGGAAGAGCCGUACGGUCAUCCAUCUGGGCAGCCAUCGCAGCCACCAUCACAGACGGCUCAGGGCCCGCCGGCGCCGCCGCCAAGUGCACACGGUAGUCAGGCGAACGGCCAGCAAGGCCAGUCGGCUAAGGGUGGAGCCGUGGGAGCUUCCGGAUCGUCUGGCAGCGCCGGCACGGGUGGCGACAGGCCGAUGAAGACGGAGGACGGCAAGGCGAUCAAGCAGGAGGGUCAGAAGCCCACGAUGGAGACGCAAGGCCCACCGCCGCCGCCCACGUCGCAAUACUACUUGCCAUACAUCAAUCCGUCUCCAUUCCCCUUCGACACGGCGCACCCAAUGUACAGGAACAUGCUGGUGCCGGCGGCGCCGUACAACCACCCGUCGACAUACCACCACAUUCAGAUGGCCGCGGCGGCGCGCUACCACUCGCCUGAGGAUCUGUCGCGCACGUCCAAUCCCAAGGCGAUGGACAUGCUGCAGCACCAGGCGACGCAGUACUACAACUCGCACAAGAUCCACGAGCUGAGUGAGCGUGCGCUCAAGAGCCCCACGAGUGGUGCACCGACCGGCGCCGGGCAGGCGGGCGGCGCAGCAGGCGGCGGCGGUCAAGGUGGCGGCAGCUCGGGAGCGGCCAGCGGUGCGCCCGGAAGCAGCGCCAAGAUCUGUGUCUCUAGUCCGAAUUCGAUGGUGCAGCAGCAGCAGGCGGUGACGUCGGCAGCGGGCGGCACGGCGAGUGGGUCGGCGCCGGGCGCAACGGGUCAGAAGGGUGGCGGCGGCAGUGCGGGCGAAGAGAAGGGCGCCGCAGGAAGGAGUCCGCCGCCGCAGAGGCACGUCCACACGCACCAUCACACGCACGUGGGUCUGGGAUAUCCCAUGUAUCCCACUCCUUAUGGAGCUGCCGUGAUUGCCAGCCAGCAAGCAGCCGCCGUGGCGGUCGUUAAUCCAUUCCCACCGGCGCCGGCCAAGUGAGCGCGGCGCGCGCGUGUCGCUGGACAGGGCGAGAGAGUGUCUGACGACUCAAGUGUCGAGAGGCGUGACAAGAGAUUCGAGAAGGGAAAGAGAUAUCAAAAAAGAUGAUGAUGGUUGAUGAUGAGGAACUGAAGAGAGUUUGUGAGAGUGCUGGAAAAAGUGUUGAGAAAGAAGUGCAAACGUACACACACACAAUUUGAGACAAGGACGACGAAGAGAUGGACAAAAGGACCGAUGAGGAAGAUCAUCAAGUAAAAUAUACUCUUAAAGAAUAUUAUUAUUAAAAAUAAUAUAUGAAUAAUAUAUAAAGAGCAACAGAAAGUAUAAUUAACACUAUUAAAAUCGCGCUUCUUGGAGGAACGAAAGGCAGAGCGAGAGAGAGAGAGAAUGCAUACAAAAGCUACAAUUAGCGUGGUAAAAAAAUACCUGUAAAUAUUCCUAGAUUUUAGUGGUGAAAUAAUAAUUUAAUUGUAGAUUGUGUAUUAAAAAUUAAAGAAAAAAAACAAGAAACAUAUUUGAUAAAGCAUCUCAGAUUGGCUGAUUUGCUCUCAAAAUCUCAACACAAUUGACCUUUUUGACACUGAGGAAAAAUCAAUUGAAAUGCACACAAUUUUUUCGAUAAAAUAAAUUAGGUUUGCAUUAGGAUUUUUCACACUCAAAUUUUUGGGUGGACAGAAGAGGAGAUAAGAGAAAAUGUACUCGAAUUGCUUUAUACUUCCCACAGAGAGAUCUUGACAAGAAAGAAAGAAAAAACAAAAUGCUUCUUUGACACCAAAAAUGAUCUCUUUUUGUACCCACGAAAUUUGAAGAAAAGAAAGGUGAAGGAAUAUGCGCAGAUGCAAAAAGAGGGCUGCAUUUAUUAUUCUUCCCCAAAAAAAAAACAAAUAAAACUUGAUUGCAAGAAGUAUAAAAAUUGCAGAAGAGGCGCCCAAAUCUUUUGCGCGAAGAGGAGAGAAGAAAACAAAUUUUAAAUGUAAAUAGUAUUAAUUUUCUGUUGUGAUCAUCAAAAAAAAUCUAUAUAAAUAUACAUAUUGAUAAAUAUAUAUAUAAAAAAAAAUGAAGAAAGGUGAAGAAUUACAUCUAAAUAUUUCUUAAUUUAUAAAGAAAGAAUUAUAUAUUAAAGAAUAGGAUGAGCGUGAAUUACAUGAAGAAAAUAAAAAAGAGGGGAGAAAUGAUUGAUAAAAAUGAGUAAAAAUUACAAUUUUAUUGCUGAUAAAUUAAGGUUAUUAUAAACCGAGAGAUGGAAGAAGAAGAAAAACUAUAGAAUUUCAUUUUAGAAAACGGUAGACAAUUAAGUAAUUCUUAAGAGCAGUAAUUGAAGUAAUAAAAAUAUUAAUUAUGAUGAUUAA